AUGAGCAUACUCAUCGGAGAGAAGCCAGCUCGACUACAACUAGACACCGGAUCGGACAUCACUGUCAUUAACCAGCAACUAUGGAAGCAGUUGGGUAAGCCUCACCUCAACCCAUCCAAGGUAGAAAUAGAAGCAAAGAGCCGACCCCUGCUGACAAUCUAUACACAUCGUGGUCUAUACCAUUACAACAGGCUUCCUCCAGGCAUAAAAGUGGCCCCUGGUGCCUUUCAGCAGAUUAUGGAUAAAAUGCUCGCCGGGGUAAAUGGAGUAUCUGCUUACAUGGAUGACGUAAUAGUUGGAGGGAAAACACAGGAAGAGCAUGAUGCAGCUCUUGAAGAAACGCUGAAGCGCAUAAGGGACUAUGGGUUUACCAUCCGGAGUGAAAAGUGCGCAUUCAACAAGUCGGAAAUACGCUACUUGGGGCAUAUCAUCGACAGCCGAGGCCUACGACCCGAUCCGGCAAAGAUCGACGCCAUCAAAAAUUUGCCAGCUCCAAAAGAUGUCACAGGCGUUCGAUCAUUCAUCGGUGCGAUAAAUGUGUAUGCCAAGUUUAUCCCCAACAUGCGUAACUUGCGCUACCCACUGGAUAAGUUGCUGCUAGCCGGAAGUGUGUUCCAGUGGACACCCGAAUGUCAGAAAGCUUUUGACCAAUUUAAAGCCCUCUUGUCCACGGAGCUCUUGCUCACACACUACGAUCCAACGCGCGACAUAGUUGUGUCCGCCGAUGCAUCAUCAGUUGGCUUAGGAGCAACGCUAUGCCACAAGUACCCAGACGGAUCCCUAAAAGUGCUGCACAAGGGUCAUCCGGGGAUGCAGAGAAUGAAGGCGAUUGCGAGAAGCUUCCUGUAUUGGCCAAUGAUCGACGACGAUAUUGUGAGCUACGUGGCAUCUUGUGGAUCCUGUUUGGUAGCCGCUAAAGCACCCCCUCGAGCAACACCAGCGACAUGGCCAACACCAUCGGGCGCCUGGCGUAGAGUACACGUGGACUAUGCUGGGCCACUGGAAGGGUAUUACUUUUUAGUGGUGGUUGACGCUUUCUCCAAGUGGCCUGAAUUCUACAAAACUACGAGUACAACAACAUCUGCCACCAUCUCCAUGUUACGGAACAUUUUCGCUCGCUUCGGUAUGCCUGAAACGUUAGUUAGCGACAACGGUCCGCAAUUUACCAGCGCCUUGUUUGCGGAGUUUUGCAACAGCAGCGGGAUCGAGCACAUUACGACAGCACCGUUCCAUCCGCAAUCAAAUGGACAGGCGAAGCGGUUCGUCGAUACGCUGAAACGAGCACUGCGGAAGAUCCAGAGCGACGAGACGUCCCUUGAUGAGACCCUGGAAUUGUUUCUCAUGACGUACCGAUCGACACCAAACGCGCAGUUGAGCCAGCAGAAAUCUCCAGCUCAGGAAAUGUUCGGCUGCCCCAUCAGGACAGCACUGGAGCUGUUGCGGCCCACAUCAUCACACUCACUAUCUCCUUCCUCAUUUAUUUCAAAACUCAUGGAAGUGGAUACCGGGAAAGAUCGUUCGUAG